UUUAAACUAUUCCCCCGUCUAUCCGAUCCCCGUACGGCUCUGCCGGAGCUAAAACUGCGAGAAACGAGCAGCGCAGUAAGCUCUUUAGGGGAAGGACGAUGCAGACACCCUAGCAGCCACUCUCCCACUUCCGUAUACAUAAUGUUUCUAUGGAGAUAGGGAUCCUGCCGAAAAUGCAGGAUCAGCGCUCCGUUUCACGGACUAAAAUGGUUUUAUUCUACAUUCUACACAUGGUCGAUGUUUCGGUCUGUGUUAGGACUUUUUCAGUCCUUAAAAAAUAAUUCUUUGAGACUGGAGGCAUGCCUGUGACAGUUAUGUGAUCAGUUACUCAGCUUUACACGAUGGCUACCACAAUUCUUGGUGUUGGGCCAGGAGUCUUUAUCAUAGCAGUUAUAUGGAUGGUGACAUUAAUGCUCACAGUGCUUCUGUGCAGAGCUUCUGGAAAAGCUAGGUUUUGGACUGUUGUGGUUUUUACCUUAGCGCUGAUCACAACAUUAAUUCUAGUUUUCUUCCCUCGAGCAAGCCAAACUCCUGCUCCAGCAAAGGAAAUGCAGAUUGUGGAUACUUUUUUCAUUGGACGCUAUUUUCUGAUAUCGAUUAUGAGUGUGAUAUUUCUUGGGUGCCUCUUUUUCGUCUUUGUGUAUCAUAUCCUGGAGCCUGUCUAUGCAAAACCUAUUGGGAUCCACUAACUGGAGGCCCAAAUUACUCUCUUAAAAAUAUAGCUUAUUUUUUUAUAUGAAAUACAAUUAAAAUUAAAAUAUUUUUUAAUAUUACAAUGGAAAAAAAAGGUGACUGCUAUUUUUAACAUUGUAGAACUGUAUGCUUCUAUAUAUGUUUUACUUGAUAAUUCUCUCAUCUGGCCUCAGCCUAAAACAAAGGAGAGUUGAUCAUUAUGUGCAGGUAAGGGUAAGGGUUUCCUCCAACCCAAACAAGGUAAGGCACAGUACCUUAAAGCCCCCAGCUCCUUUGGCUUUGCAGCAGCUCUUUACAGACUCAUCUCUCCAGAUAGUAUACAGACUGAGACACCAGACUUCCCCCUAGUAUGAGCUAUUUAUACUUAGCUUGAACUCCUCACCAUAUAUAUAUAAGUGAAAAACCUAGGAGCAAUAUAUACCCCCACUACUUUCCCAGUCAGUGCUAUAUAAAAAAAGCAGUUUAUUGAUGUGCAGAACCUGGUAGAAAAUUGUAUUCACUAUAACAAAAUGAUAGUACCACAAAUGAACAAUGAAAAUGCAGUCGAGUUCAAUGAGCAGUGCAUCAAUGAAGACCCAAUCUUGCAAAAGGGAACAAGUCUAUUAAUUUGACUGGGAUUCCCUGACAACAGUUAAAUGUGGAUUCCUGAAUAAUUUAUUGUUCAAGUGAUUGUUUUAUAUAACCAUCAAGUUAAGUGACUGUCAUGCAUAACUAUCACAUUGAGUUUAUUUUCUACCUAAUCAAUACAAAUCAAUCAAUAUGUUGCACAUUUUAAAGGGAAACCAUGGCAUCUUGAAAUCACAUUUUAUUUAAUUGAAAACAUUCACUCUAAGUAAAAGUGUUCUCUAGGGUAAUUGCUAUGUGUCAAAGACAGAAUGCGACAGAAAACAAUAAAGUGCAAAAAGUCCAAUGUUCUUAAAA